AUGCUUCGUCUUGGGCUCAUCGCUGUAUUCGCCUCAGCGGGGGCCGCGUUGGCGCAGACAUGGUGCGGCAAGAACUACAUGGAAGGCUCGCCAAUCGUGCCGCCAGGUGGGCAGUUCCCCAUACCCGCGACGUCGUUCUCGCCACUGCUAGCAUUCCGCUGCGCGCCUGUCAUCAAGCCAUACUUGCCAGAAGACGCGUUCACGUCCGCAGCGAUCCUCAUUGACACACCCAUCGUCUACUCCGAGAUCGCGGGCACAGCUCCCGUGGGCAUUCCGGAAGAGGGCCCACUGGGUGUGCUCUCUGUGAUCAUUGAGGCGGAAGGCAAGCGGCUUUCUACAGGCAUUGUCCCACUGAACGUGACGAAAUAUGAGCUGUCCUUCUCCCUCCUCGAGCUUGCGCCGAAGAAGGGGAUAUAUGAUGUGACGUGCUCUGCGACAUAUGCAGCACACAAUGGGCUGGAGACAUUCACCGCGUCAACGGAACUGGCGUAUGUGCCCUCGCCCACGGACGGCAGCUCUGUCGUAAAGAUGGACGCGCGUACGGGUGCGCUGCUCGCGAAGCCUGCUACGGGCAAUGGCGGCGACUAUGAGACAGUCCUGCCGGUCGGAUUCUUCACGGGCUUUACUAACUACAUCGCCGCGAACCUGUCUCUGAUCAACGAGGCACAAGAGAAAGGGUACCCGACGGCGCUUGCUGAGCGCGGCACUGACAUGACAGACCAGAUACACCCGAUCCCGACGUUCGGAAAUCUGACGCAGCUGCAGGAAGUCAUCGCGCGCAUAGAGGAAGUAGGCAUGUAUCUAAUGUAUGACAUGCGAUGGGCGUACAUGAACGACACCGAACUUACGGCGCAGGUAAACUUGGUGAAGAACAGCCCCGCGCUGCUCCUGUGGUACACGGGCGACGAGCCAGACGGCUCAUCCGACCCGCUGGACGCGGCCGCCCACGCGUACGACCUCAUCUACGAGCUCGACGGGUACCACCCCGUGUCGCUGUGCCUGAACUGCUACGACUAUUACUGGAGCAACUACACGGCCGGCGCAGACAUCGUGAUGCAGGACACGUACAUGAUCUCGAACAACGCCACGUUCUCCAGCGAAUGGCACACGCCGUGCACGCCGGACUUCGGCGAUUGCGGCUGCGACGACUGCAAGGGUGUGUUUGAGGACAUCAGCGAGCGCAUGGACCACUUCGCGUAUAGGCUGUGGGUGAACGGGUGGGACAGAUCCAAGACCGUCUGGGCCGUCCCUCAAGCAUUCGGUGAUGAAGACUCAGCAUGGGAUGCAAGAUAUUGGACGGGGUGGCCUACCGGACCGGAGUUUGUGUUGCAGAGCGCGCUCGCCAUCAACCACGGCGGCACAGGUGUCAUCGCCUGGGCCGCACCGACCACGGACGACAUCUGGGAGUACGCAUCGGUGCUCGCGCAGUCCUCUGCGACGUUGAAAGAGUAUAUUCUGAAUGAUGCUGCGGUGUUCCAGCACGUAUUUUCCAACCAGAUCGAUAUCGGCUUGUGGACUGUCGGCGAGAAGACUCUCGUGCUUGCGACGAACCUGAAUUAUGCAAAUGAGAUGUUCGACCUUGCGACGGUGCCCGGGCUGAAGACAGCGCCGGUGGUGGAGGUGCUACACAGUGGGGCGACGCUGGAGGGGAGCGUGAUCACGUUCACGUCGGUAGGGACUGGCAGUUUCAUUUUCGGCUGA